AAGGUUUUGGUUAUUAGUACCGAUCUAAUAGCCCAAUUGCAAUUGGGAGACAAAACAAUUGAUUUAUUAGUACUCGACAAUAUAGCCGAUACCUAAUUUCAUACCCUAAGCGAUGAUAUAGUGUAUCUAUCGCAUCGACAUUUUAAAAACGAGAACGGAAACUGUAUAACGACUUGUCCGGAGCCUAAAACCCUUGAAGUCAGCCCCAAGUUGGAACUCAAAAAGACUGAGAAGAAUUCAGGCUGGUAUAGUUCAAAUUGUGGCAUUAUGGUUUUUGGCCAUUGGCCUUUUCUAUACUGUAAUUAUAUAACUGGAGUGGCUGGCAUUUUAAUGAAAAUUAGAAAUUCAAUGAUGAAACAUUUCGCCAUUGAUAAGGCACGGAAAGAGCAACGUUUUGCCUGGCCACAUUUGGCCUACGGCCAUUCAAUGAUCAUGAUUGGCCACGAGAAAUGCGGCAAAACUUGGUCGUUUAUACCGAUUUUGUGUCAACGUAUUUACAAUGCCAUUAAGAGGGGAAAUCUCGAAUGGGCUGGACCAAUAUGCAUUUCCGUAAUCGUCAAUAUGAGUGAGGGUAAAACAUUGGCCAAUAUUAUGCGUAAAAUGUUGGACUUUUGUUCCACCGAUGGAGGCAAAUUCACUAAAGUUGUUACCCUAUUUGAUAACAGUUCUAUUAACGAAGUGUCCAAAAUAUUAUGCCAACCCUGUGGCAUAUUGAUUACCACAGUGGACUUGUUGUUGCAGCUGCAACUAAUUGAGAAGCCGGGAUGUUUAAUUUUUGAUCCGAUGCAUUUGCGUUCCAUAGUGCUGGACAGAUUGGAUGAAUUGCGACGUACAAAUCAGAUGAAGUUUAUGACGCUGUUCAAAUGGUUGGUGAAUAAAUUCAAGUUUGAUAUACAUAGAUCAAACACAAUUGAUCAUCACCAGUCGCCUAUGGAUGGAGGGAGUGAUGAGAUCACUGCCAAACGUAUUACUUAUUUUUGAGGAUGGAUUGGAGGCUUGUGCUUAUCGUGGAAUCGAACUGAAUCUGGAAUUCGUCUCGGCCACUGACCAUGAUGAGGGUAUAACACUUUUGAAGACACUCACUCACUGCAAUUUGAAAGUGGAACGCAUUGUAAUUGUGUGACACAAAGAUUACGAAUCUCGACACUUGAGUGAAUUGCGAAAAGCUAAAAAUAUUCCGCAUAUAAAUUAUUUCUCGCCGAAUGAAACGAUUGAGAAGAAGAUACAAAAUGAGAAAGGCAUUAUCAUUGCCAUAGAUGAUAUGCUGCCGAAUUUAAAGUGUGGCUACGUCGAUCUCUUGAUAUGUUACACCUUAACGAAUAGCUGGCAUCGGUAUAAGGCUCGUUUCAAUUUGUUCUAUACCAAUUGCAAGACUUUGGAUAAAAGACCAGGCGAAGCUCUGAUGUUCUUUAACGAAAUGGCUACCGAACAGGCUUGGCUCUUCUGUGACUUUAUACUCAAACACGAUUUGCCAAUGCAACAUGAAUGGUUCAAACAUCUUUUCAACUUUCGGCUGCAAAAGGAGAUCAUUCAGCCACUAUAUAAUAUCAAUCUGUGUACCCAAUUACUAUCAUAUGGUAAUUGUUCACGACGUUCAUGUCGUUUUCGGCAUCGGCUUUUAGCCAAAGAAGCUCAGAUACCAAGUUAUUUGCCCAGUCGGGGUAAAAUCUAUUUCAAUAUAAUGGAUUGCAUUUCGCCAACAAAUUUGGUAGUGAGACCUAUUGCAUCCCGCAAUAAGCCUCAUCCCAAAGUGUAUCAAAAUAUAAAUAUGCCAAAUGGAGUUCAUGUAUAUUAUCGACAGGAGGUGAAUCAAAUUCCGCUACAGAAUCCAUCGAUUGGUGAUGUAUGCAUUCUAGAAGUCGACAAAUGCUAUCAACGUGUCGCCAUCAUCUGCGUUGACAGUGAUGAAGUGAUAAGUGUGAGACUAUUGGAUUGGGAUACAGAUACAUGGAAGUAUUCAAAACCGAACUAUACCAAUGCCAUGAACCCUUUUCCACUCAGAUGUCACAGGCCAUUGAGUUGCGUCUGACUGGCAUUUUGCCAUAUAGCAUGGAUCGUCCAUGGACAACCGCUGAAUCACGUUAUAUUCGUCAUAGAUUUUGCAAGUUUUCCACUGAUCAUCUAUAUAGCGCCAAUAUUGAGGGAGAGGAUCUACGAGAUAUUUUACUUAACCGCAUGUAUGCCUAUGAUGAUAAAUUUGUCAGAAGUCGCUUUAUAGAUAUAGCCCUUAAGGCUGUAUAAACUGAGAGCGAUAGAAACACAAAAACUUGUAUUCGAUUUAUGAUGAUUUCAUAUAAUUAUUACACUAAAGCAA